AUGACAAAGAAGAUACUGGAAUGGAAGCCAGCACUGACAAAAGAAGUGGAUGACAGUGGAUGGUCUCCUCUUCACUGUGCUGCAUACAGAGGCUGUAAUACAACAAUAAUAAGGCAAUUGUUAGACAAGUCAGAUAAGUCUGUACCCUACCUUAGGAUCAAAGAUGGCAACUUAACAGCCCUUCAUAUAGCGGCAAGGCAUAGGCAUAUGAAGAUAGUAGAGAUACUGGCAUCACACUCUCCAGACUGUUGUGAGCAGGACCAUAAUAUUCUACCUUCCUUUGAUGAAAUUGAGGUGGCUAAUAUUGGACCCAAGAGGUGGCAGGAGGUUACAAAGGAAAACAAUGAUAGCAGUAGAAGCCAAGGCAAUGGAGGAAACAACCAAGACACCUCUAACUCGAUCAAGAAAGAAGGUAAAAUCCAUCUGAUAGUAGCGGCACUCAUAGCAACGGUAACUUUUGCAGCGGGUUUCACCCUGCCUGGUGGUUAUAAUCAGAGUAAUGGCAUGGGAAUCCUAUCAAAGAAAGCAGCCUUCAAAGCAUUUGUGGUGAUGGAUACCAUAGCAAUGGUGCUCUCCGUGUCUGCCGUAUUCAAUUAUCUUUUCAUGUCAAUGCAUGUGAAAAAGGUAUUUAUUGACCAACACAUAAUUGCUGGCUUUUUGCUUACCAUGUUUGCUAUGGUAGCAAUGGUGGUUGCUUUCAUGACCGGCUUCUAUGCUGUGCUGCCACACUCCUCGUUGAUUCCAAUUAUUAUUUGCAUCAUCUGUUGCUACUUUUUCAUCUCCUUUCAUGCUGGAUGUUGGCAUUUUCUCCGGGAGUAUAAAGUGAGGAUUCACUUCAACAAGAAACCUGGAAUUACUUUAACCCUCUUUCGGUAA